CCAAUCAAUCAGGCCCCUUGAUCAAAACUGCCCCACACUUCCAUUGCUCAUGUGUGCUUGCAAGCCAUGCAUCAGCCGGCCUGUUCAAGGGCAUCCUGCAAGUGUUGCGCAGUGUGGGACACAGGGAGGGCAUCGCACAGGCGAACGAUGUACUCGCAUUCAUGGAUGGCCAUGGUGGCAAGUGUGUGUGUGUGUGUGUGCGUACCUGCAUGACCUUGACGCGUUUGAGCACCACGAGCGCCUCCGGCUUGCGGCCGGCACGGCUCAACGAGGCAGCAACCUGAUUGAGUUAACCCCACACACACAAGGCAGGAGGAGCAGCGCCAACCGAUGGAUGCUACGGCCAUCCUUGUGUGAGUGUGUGUGUGUGUGUGUGUUGGGCCUACGUGUUUGUCUCGUGUGACGGCCUGUCUGUUGGCCUCGACGUACUGGUCGAAGGUGAGGUCCCCCUCCUGUAUGGCGUUCAUGAGCUUCUCCAUCCGGGCCUGCGUGGCCUCCAGCAGCGACGCCAACGCAUCAGCGUCCGACACGACACCCGUAUACCACUUGUUGUCCAGCAGGUCCUCACACACCUGCACAUAUACCCAGAACACACACACACGAUCGGCAUUAAUUGUGCAGAUGUGGGUGUGGGUGUGGUGUGGUUGGCUGACCUCCACGCUGACGAUGUGGUGGCUUGCGAAAGGCUCGUUCAUCACGUCUGACGCGUCGGCGAGUUGCAGCAGAUUUGGGAGGGCGGCGGUUGCAGGUUCUUCGGGCUGAUGCUGGGCGGGCGGCUGGGCCGCUGGGGUGCCGUUGACGGGAGCUGACGGGCCUUGCUGCGAUGGGACUGGCUGAGCCGCAACAGGCUCAGGCGCCUCAGCUGCAGAAAUGGGGACGAACACAUCCACAAACCACCACCCACCAUGAGGUCACAUGACCUUCCCCCUCCCUCACCAUACCUUGCUCCUUGUCGUCCUCUGCGGCGGCCAUGGCCAGCCUGCCGUUGUCCCCCACCUGCACACGGAACUGCCUCAGCGACACGGGCAGGGGCUCCACACACGUCGUCCAGGUGAGGGUGGUAGGCCGGACGUCCCGCCCGCAGAGAGGCUUGCGCAUGGCGAAUGAGACGCGGCAGGGCAGGUAGAGGCGCUCCUGGCCCGCCGCUGGAUGUGAGGGGACCAGCCAGCACUGGUAGGACACCUCGCACCGGCUCUUGAGGCUGUCGAACUUGAGGUCACGGGGGCGGUGCAUCUUGGCGUAGCCCUUGUACCUGCACACAGUCACGGCUCCGUGACAGACAGUGGAACACCACACCCUCGAUAAUGCUCGUUGGCAAGCUGACUCUCACCCUCUGAGUGCGGUCAGGAAUCGCGGCCUGCGGAUCUCCACUGUGGCCCUGCUGCGCGCCACGUACCUCUCGAGCAUGGAGUCCUUGACGUCACCCACGGCGAAGUCACACACACCCACCCACACGUCGUCGCCUGGCUUGUCCUGUCCGCCCCAGCAGCUGUCGACGGGCCGCGUCUUCUGCCGCUCGAUCACUGACCUGUCCUCCGUCAUGUCCACCUCAACCUCCAUCGGCUGCGAGGGCGGGAACCCCAGGUUGACCACCAAAUGGCCGCCACUGGGGGGUGCGAGGAAGUCGUCGUCUUUGGGGCGGUCGAAGACGGAAGAUGGCGCAAUUUCCUCUGUCUCCUGCUCCCUCUCUGCGUCAGGGUCCCGAAGCAGAUGCAGUUUGCCGACCUUGACGGUGACGCGCAUGGUCUCGUCGGGGAUGUCCUCCAGCUGCACUUCCUGGGUGACGGUGAGGUUGAUGGUGGUCGUCUGGGGCGGCGGCUGCAGCGAGUCCUUGACGGCCUUCUCACACCACCUGACGCACACACGAUAAGAAUAAUGGGCAUGGGUGGGCGUGUGUGUGUGAGUGUGUGGUUAUCCAUCCAUUACUUUGCGAAUUCGUCGAACUUGAGUCGGUAUGUGUUGUGCAGCCUUGCCUCGUCCUCGCGCUUGGGAUCAGACCGCAGACAUGACAGCGCCCUGAAUACAACACACCACACCACACCACAACACACCACUCAGCCACCCCCCUCAGCAGCCCUCUCUUCCCCUGUCCUCGCCUCGCCCCCUCACCCACUCACCUCUCUCGGGCGUCCAGCCUCUGCUGAUCAAACGUCUUGGCCAGCCCCCUGAGCUGUUGUUGCCUCUCCUCUUCACUCUGGCCCAUGAGGAUCUCCACCGAGGGAGACGGCGGGAUCUCAGACAGGGGGGGCGCCUUGACGGCAGGGUCGGCGAGCCGGCUCCGCAGGUCCCUCAGCUGCUUGGCCACGCGCAGCAGCUCCACCGCCCGAUGAGUGGCCAAGAAGUGACCUGUCUUCUGCCAGAUGGAGGCCGCGUGCUGAUACAGCGUCUGCACGCACACAGAGAAGCAGCGAUGGAUGGAUGGAGGACUGCGUGGGUGCGGGGUGGGCGUCUGGUGUCUGUCGUGCCUGUCGUUUCUCAAGGCGGCUGAGCAGCUUGCGCCGGUCGGCGGUCAUCUCCACUGCCACAGACUCCCCCUCAUCCUGAUCCAUAGCAUCGCCAGGAGCCCCAGCAGCAGAUGAAGGCUGUGCCUGUGGCUGUGGGGGUGGCUGUUCGAACUCCUUGAGCUCGCUCUUCAUGAUCUGUACGCGACCCACCACCCGCUUGGCCUCCUCCAGCCGAUCCAUCUUCUUCAGCUGAACCGCGAGCUUCACGUCGGCCGACACCCGCCGCUUCACCUUAGCAACGUACUCCUCUGGGCGCAUCUGGCCGAACUGCGCGGCGUUCUGCAGCAGGGAGAUCUUGAGCUUCGCCGCGCUGAUCUCGUCCUCCAGGUCCUCCUUGGUCAUGCCGGGAGGGGCAUCCUUGUUGCCCUGCAGCAGGGCCGAAUAGUCCACAACGGUCUUGUCGAGGACGGCGAGUGACUCCAUGAGCCUAACGCUGCAGGGGAAGUCGAGCUCCAUCUCAAGCUGCACACCCAGACCCUCUGACGACUGCGUCUUGGUGCGCUUGACUUGGGGAUGGCCCUCCUGCACCGCGGGGGUGGCCUCCGGCUGCCCUUGCCCGUGGUCCUUCUCAUGCUGGUGGUCGUGGCCAGGCUCAGUCGCCUCCGGUGUCUCCUCGCCUGCCCCUUCGCCAGCCAUCUCUCUCCACUCGUCGAGCAGGUCUUCAUCUUCCAGAUCGUCUGCAGUCAACGUGGCCACCUGGUCGGCACUGCCGCUCGCUCCCUGCGAUGUGAUCCUGUUGGCGAGUGCUCCAGCCGAGUCGAUCUGCUUCUGCAGCGCCGCCAGAGCGCCCUCGGGGCUGUGCUCGAUGUCAUGCACGUCUUCCAUGUCCUCGUCUGCCCAUCCCAUCGCUCGCUGAUCGAAGUGAACAAGUCAAGGUGGGAAGCAAAACGCACACACGAUGAUGACAUCGAUGCGCAAGUGCGCCGUCGUAUGUGUGGUUGCUAUGCUGUGCUGUGUUGUGUCGUGUUGCCUUACGAGUUCUCGUUCGAGCUCUGUUUCGUCCGCCUUGACUUGCUGUUGCUUGAGCAGGUGCGCCGGGUCUUUGGUGAAAGGCGCCAGAUCUUCAGGCGCCCUCUUGGCCUUUGGCCGCGAUGCUGUCGCCGUCGCCAUCGCCGUGCUUCACACAGAAACAAAGAUCCGCUCCUCUCCUUCCUCCCUG